GAGAAAACCAGUUGAGACUAAAUUCUUACAUUGGUUAGUUAAUUUGUUCUCAUUUUGUUUCUCCUUUUUUCAUCGGUUUAAUUGUUCGCUAAUCAUGACAAUUAGUUAACCAUAAUUCUAUUAAUUUAUUUUUUAAUUGUCAUCUUAAUUGGUUAUUAUUACUGAAUCUCCAGGAAUCCAAUUUGUUGACUGGACCAUGAAAGUUGUUUAUGUUACGUUUAUUUCCACUGGUUAAUAAUCUGUUUUGAUCCUAACUUAGGAUUGAAUUUAUAUUUUUCUAUUGGAUUAUAUUGGAAGUUGGAUUUGAUUAGUUACUAUUUAAAGUUAGAUAGAAUUUGUUAUUAAUCAUGGAAUCUAAAAUUAUGGAUGGUAACUAUUUAGGAUGUGAUGGUUCUCAUGGAGAAAGUGCUGGUUCUCAUUCUGAUUAUAGUGACUCGGAGUGUUAUUCAGAAUUAGAUUCUAACUUGGAAUGGAUUCAAGAGAAUUGUGAUUCUAGAGGUAAUCUAUUUUAUCUCCAAAUCUUAAGGAGAGAUUCAAUUGUCAACUUGGAGAGACCAUCAGAAAUUGAACCAUCGGAAGCUGAAGGUUCAGAUAUUUUUUCACCUUUUCGAAAAUUGCCCAAGAUUAAAUCGAGUUACUCUAAAUUUAGACAUUGGGUUACCGGCGAAAGGAGAGUUAAAUCUUCUUUGAAAGAAUCAAUCAAGAAAAGUUGGCUGAAAAAGGGAGCAAAGGUUCACCAAUCAUCAUCAUCACCUACAGUUCACAAAGAUAUUUCUGGUGAAAAUCAAGAAACAAUUGGUGGAUCAGUAAAGUUUCCAAAUGCACCCAGAAUAGGAAUUGAAAAUGAGCCAAAAACAAAAGAUUUUCUAUUCAAUUUGGUGAAAGAAGGAUUAAAUACGAAAAGUGAAGAUCAGGAUAAAAUAUUCACCUUAAUGUAUCUCGCAUCUCCCAAUGACAAUUCGUCCAAUGACAAAGAUUACGCUGUGUUAAUCUAUCCACCAAUUCAACAAGUUUCUGGUGACAAUCAAGAUGCCGAGGGCAAAGAUAACUUCAGUAACGAUAGCGGUCUAAAUAAUUGGCAGAAAAUUAUCAAAUUGAAAGGGAUGUUCGUCUCACUCUCUCAAGUUAUCAACGAUAUCACUGGACAACUUCCGAUUGUCUCUUCAGUUGAUGUAAGAAGUAAAUUGGAAUCACUAACCACCAAACGAGAAGAUAUCAAAGCCUUCAAGUCCAAUGAUAAGACUUUUAUUGUGGCCUAUGCUCAAGAAUUUAAUUCAGCGUUAAUCUUGUGUUUUCCUGAAGAAAAUUACAAACAACUUGAGAUCAUCUCAAUGAUUUCAUCUCUAAGUCGAUUAUUUCGUUUUCUUUACAAUUCUCUGGACGCUGCCUUCAAAAACUGCGAUAAUCACCCGAAGAUACUUCACUAUUUAUCCAUUUUUCAUUAUCUUUUAUCCGAAUCAAAUUCAAAAGGACCAAGUCUGUGUUUUCACUUUGAUAUGAUUCAAAGAUUAAUCAUUGAAGACGAUUUACUGUUAGGCUUGGAUGAGGCUCUUUCCGAGUACGAAUCAAUGGAUUGGUUCAGCGAUUGCUGUUUCGGUGAAAAUGGUGAAAUAAGUUCCAGUUGCGAUCUACUUAUUGUUGGUUCAGCUCUUUUUUACAAAGGAUUUCUAAUCUCAUCUCAUUUACCUGGACACUACUUAUCUGAUGUGAUUUCUUUCAUCAAGUAUAGAGGGAUUAUCAGUUUGAUUAAACAACAGCCCAUUAAAAUGGUCAUUUGGCAAGAAGUGUUUCCAUUGACGGAGAAAAAUGAUCCAAUGAUCACCGAUUUCAAAGAAAAUGACGGAACUAGAUUUUUCCUUCUAGUUGUCGCCGUUGAACAAACCUUACUUUGUACACUAUUAGAGAUUCCAUUUCUUUGUGAUGACUCUAAAACCAAACCAAACGAGCUUAUUAUCAAUCAGACUCUUCGAUUUGUGGCCUCAACGUUCAAUCGAUCUGGUUUAAUACAAGAGUUAAAUCAACAUCUAAAUGCUCAAAGUUAUUUAUUCAAUAACACGUGGACCGGUGAAUCUCAUCCUAGUGAUCGACUUCGGCAAUCAAUUUCUGCACGAGAAUUGGCCGGAAUUGGAGUUAAAGACGAUGAGAUAUCAUCAUGUGACGAUGAUCAUUGGUCUGAACAUAGUUCAAUUCCAUCCAAUCCUUUGAAUAAAUCGCUUUCAAGUCCAUCAAUACCACAAGUGCAAAACUCGUCAAUUCUUGUUCAUCAUCAUCCAAAUCAACAACAAUCGUCAACAUCUAUUCAUCAUACUCUUCCUCCUCCACUUCAUCAUCCUUUUCCUCCUGCACCGGCAACAUCAUUAUCCUCAACAAGUGCAAGCUCAUUGGAUAGAAACAAUUGCUCAUUGCCAAACGAACUCACGGUUGACUCGAAUUCCUGUUCCCAUAGUAUUCCAAGUUGCAUCGAUUAUUAUUCACAAGAUUUAUCUUUCCCCGACUAUUUGCUUUUCUACAUUGACAUGGAUCUAAAUUCUCGAACCUUUUGUGGUCCCGUUGUUAAUGAUCUUUUUAGAUCAACUUUAUCACCAAAUUUAUCUCGAACCUUGCGAACUGUUGCUAUUUAUCUGAGUGAAAAAUUGAACAAAUAUUAUCCUGGAUUAACGGAAAUUGGAGAUCAUUUCACAUAUAAAGACACAUUCCUCGGACCAAAUGUACGAUUUAAAAACAAGAAAUCAGCUGAUGGAGAACUUAAUCUCUGGGUUGUUGGGAGAAAAGAAACUCCGUCCAGAGAAAUGUUUCUCUUCUUCCGGGUUCCAUCCAAAGGAAGAAAAUCAAAUUCAUUUCUUCCAACUGAAUCUUUAUUUAAUCGUCUCUCAGUACAAAACAAAUGAUUAACGGUUUACAUUGAUGAGAGAACAAUCAAUUUUAAUCACUAAUCUCUCUGUACUUGUCAUGACUGAUUUUGGCCAAUCGUUCCUCUUUUCAAUUAAACCUCUCACUGAUUGUAUAAAUAAUAA